AUGGUUUUGUUUGCGGUGUACAACACGCUCUAUACCAGGUUUGGGAAAGUGAUUGAAGCCGAUGUGAGUUUCGAGUCUCUGUUCCGCUCAUUCGACCCCGAGGUGCAGUUCCAGUAUUUCAAGUCGUUCCGUCGCGUUCGCAUCAGCUUCAGCGACGCUCUGGCCGCGGCUGAAGCUCGACUGCGGCUUCACAAGAGCGACUUCCACGGCAAAGAGAUGCGCCUCUACUUCGCACAGUGCACGCCACAGUCCACGCCACAGCCCACGCCACAGUCCACGCCACAGCCCACGCCACAGUCCACGCCACAGCCCACGCCACAGUCCACGCCACCACAGCCCACGCCACAGCCCACGUCACAGCUCACGUCACAGCCCACGCCACAGUCCACGCCACAGUUCACGCCACAGCCCACGUCACAGCCCACGUCACAGCCCACGUCACAGCCCACGCCACAGCCCACGCCACAGCCCACGUCACAGUCCACGCCACAGUUCACGCCACAGCCCACGCCACAGCCCACGCCACAGCUCACGUCACAGCCCACGACACAGCCCACGCCACAGCCCACGUCACAGCCCACGCCACAGCCCACGCCACAGCCCACGUCACAGCCCACGCCACAGUCCACGCCACAGGUCACGUCACAGCCCACAGCCACAGCUCACGCCACAGCCCACGUCACAGCCCACGCCACAGCCCACGCCACAGCCCACGCCACAGCCCACGCCACAGCUCACGCCACAGCCCACGCCACAGCCCACGCCACAGUCCACGUCACAGCCCACGUCACAGCCCACGCCACAGCCCACGUCACAGCCCACGCCACAGCCCACGCCACAGCCCACGCCACAGCUCACGUCACAGCCCACGCCACAGCCCACGCCACAGCCCACGUCACAGUUCACGUCACAGCCCACGCCACAGCCCACGCCACAGUCCACGCCACAGCUCACGCCACAGUCCACGCCACAGCCCACGCCACAGCUCACGUCACAGCCCACGUCACAGCCCACGCCACAGCCCACGUCACAGCCCACGCCACAGCCCACGCCACAGCCCACGCCACAGCUCACGUCACAGCCCACGCCACAGCCCACGCCACAGCCCACGCCACAGUCCACGUCACAGCCCACGUCACAGCCCACGCCACAGCCCACGUCACAGCCCACGCCACAGCCCACGCCACAGUCCACGCCACAGCUCACGCCACAGUCCACGUCACAGCCCACGCCACAGCCCACGCCACAGCCCACGCCACAGCCCACGUCACAGCCCACGCCACAGCCCACGCCACAGCCCACGCCACAGCCCACGUCACAGCCCACGCCACAGCCCACGCCACAGUCCACGCCACAGCUCACGCCACAGUCCACGCCACAGCCCACGCCACAGCCCACGUCACACAGCCCACGCCACAGCCCACGCCACAGCACACGCCACAGCCCACGCCACAGUCCACGCCACAGCCCACGUCACAGCCCACGCCACAGCCCACGCCACAGUCCACGCCACAGCCCACGCCACAGCCCACGUCACAGUCCACGCCACAGCCCACGCCACAGCCCACGCCACAGCCCACAGCUCACGCCACAGUCCACGCCACAGUCCACGCCACAGCCCACGCCACAGCCCACGCCACAGCUCACGCCACAGCCCACGUCACAGCCCACGCCACAGUCCACGCCACAGUUCACGUCACAGCCCACGCCACAGUUCACGUCACAGCCCACGCCACAGCCCACGCCACAGCCCACGCCACAGCCCACGCCACAGCCCACGCCAUAGCUCACGCCACAGUCCACGUCACAGCCCACGUCACAGCCCACGCCACAGCCCACGUCACAGCCCACGCCACAGCCCACGCCACAGCCCACGCCACAGCCCACGUCACAGCCCACGCCACAGCCCACGCCACAGCCCACGUCACAGUUUACGUCACAGCCCACGCCACAGCCCACGCCACAGCCCACGCCACAGUCCACGUCACAGCCCACGCCACAGUUCACGUCACAGCUCACGCCACAGCCCACGUCACAGUUUACGUCACAGCCCACGCCACAGCCCACGCCACAGCCCACGCCACAGCCCACGCCACACCCACGCCACAGUUCACGUCACACAGCCCACGCCACAGCCCACAGCCCACGCCACAGUCCACGUCACAGCCCACGUCACAGCCCACGCCACAGCCCACGUCACAGCCCACGCCACAGCCCACGCCACAGCCCACGCCACAGCCCACGUCACAGUUCACGUCACAGCCCACGCCACAGUCCACGCCACAGCUCACGCCACAGUCCACGCCACAGCCCACAGCCCACGCCACAGCCCACGCCAUAGCUCACGCCACAGUCCACGUCACAGCCCACGUCACAGCCCACGCCACAGCCCACGUCACAGCCCACGCCACAGCCCACGCCACAGUCCACGCCACAGCUCACGCCACAGUCCACGCCACAGCCCACGCCACAGCCCACGUCACAGCCCACGCCACAGUCCACGCCACAGCCCACGCCACAGUCCACGCCACAGCCCACGCCACAGCUCACGUCACAGCCCACGCCACAGUCCACGGCACAGCCCACGCCACAGCUCACGCCAAGCCCACGCCACAGCCCACGCCACAGCCCACGCCACAGCCCACGCCACAGUCCACGUCACAGCCCACGUCACAGCCCACGCCACAGCCCACGUCACAGCCCACGCCACAGCCCACGCCACAGUUCACGUCACAGCCCACGCCACAGUUCACGUCACAGCCCACGCCACAGCCCACAGCCCACGCCACAGUCCACGUCACAGCCCACGUCACAGCCCACGCCACAGCCCACGUCACAGCCCACGCCACAGCCCACGCCACAGCCCACGCCACAGCCCCACGUCACAGUUCACGCCACAGCCCACGCCACAGUCCACGCCACAGCCCCACGUCACAGUUCACGUCACAGCCCACGCCACAGCCCACGCCACAGUCCACGCCACAGCUCACGCCACAGUCCACGCCACAGCCCACAGCCCACGCCACAGCCCACGCCAUAGCUCACGCCACAGUCCACGUCACAGCCCACGUCACAGCCCACGCCACAGCCCACGUCACAGCCCACGCCACAGCCCACGCCACAGUCCACGCCACAGCUCACGCCACAGUCCACGCCACAGCCCACGCCACAGCCCACGUCACAGCCCACGCCACAGUCCACGCCACAGCCCACGCCACAGUCCACGCCACAGCCCACGCCACAGCCCACGUCACAGCCCACGCCACAGUCCACGCCACAGCCCACGCCACAGCUCACGCCAAGCCCACGCCACAGCCCACGCCACAGCCCACGCCACAGCCCACGCCACACCCACACGCCACAGCCCACGCCACAGCCCACGGCACAGCCCACGUCACAGCACACGUCACAGUCCACGCCACAGCCCACGCCACAGCCCACGCCACAGCACACGCCACAGUCCACGUCACAGCCCACGCCACAGCUCACGCCACAGCUUACGCCACAGCUCACGUCACAGCCCACGCCACAGCCCACGUCACAGCCCACGCCACAGCCCACGUCACAGCCCACGCCACAGCCCACGUCACAGCCCACGUCACAGUCCACGUCACAGUCCACGCCACAGCCCACGCCACAGCCCACGUCACAGUCCACGUCACAGCUCACGUCACAGCCCACGCCACAGCCCACGCCACAGCUCACGCCAUAGCUCACGCCACAGUCCACGCCACAGUUCACGUCACAGUCCACGUCACUGCCCACGCCACAGCUCACGCCACAGCCCACGCCACAGCCCACGCCACAGCCCACGCCACAGUCCACGCCACAGCUCACGCCACAGUCCACACCACAGCCCACGCCACAGCCCACGUCACAGCUCACGUCACAGCCCACGUCACAGCGCACGUCACAGUCCACGCCACAGCCCACAGCCCACGCCACAGCACACGCCACAGCCCACGCCACAGUCCACGCCACAGCCCACAGCACACGCCACAGCCCACGCCACAGCCCACGCCACAGCCCACGCCACAGCCCACAGCCCACGCCACAGCCCACGCCACAGCUCACGCCACAGCCCACGCCACAGCCCACAGCCCACGCCACAGCCCACGCCACAGUCCACGCCACAGCCCACGUCACAGCACACGUCACAGCCCACGUCACAGCACACGGCGGCGCAGGGCGGGGAGCGGGGAACGGUGA